AUGAGUCAAUCACUUUCUGUACCUCCAUAUUUUGAUGGAAGUAAUUAUGCCUAUUGGAAGGUUAGAAUGCGUGCGUUUCUUAAGUCUUUAGAUGAGCAUGUUUGGGUAAGUGUGCAAAAUGGUUGGAAACCUCCCUCUACUAUCGUAUCAGGAACUGUUAACCUUACCGACAUAUCACUGUGGACUAAGGAUGAAAUAGCUGAGUGUAAUUGGAAUAGCAAGGGUCUUCAUGCCCUGUUUAUGGCCGUGUCUCCCGAAGAGUUUAGGAGAGUGUCAAUGUGUGAAACUGCUAAAGAGGUUUGGGACAUUCUUGAAACUAUCCAUGAGGAAACUAAAACAGUAAAGAACUCUAAGUUACAAGUGCUAACUUCUAGGUUUGAAGAAGUGAGAAUGAAGGAUGAUGAAACGUUUGACGAAUUCUAUGCUAAAUUGAAUAACAUUGUUAACUCUAGCUUCAAUCUAGGUGAGAAAAUUCCCGAGUCUAAAAUUGUGAGAAAAGUGCUUAGGUCCCUGCCCGAGAGAUUUAGACCUAAAGUCACUGCCAUUGAGGAAAGUAAGGACCUAGAUGAAGUUAAAAUUGAAGAACUGGUAGGAUCGUUGCAAACUUAUGAACUCACUAUUACACAAUCUAAGAAAGGAAAGUUCAUAGCCCUAAAAUCCAUCAAAGAAGAUGAAUCUUCUGAUACUGAGUUACUUAGGGACGAGAAAAUCGCGUACUUUGUUAAGAAAUUUCAAAGAGUUCUCAAGAAUAGGAGAAAGCCUCAGAAUAAAAAGAGUGGAGCUCCUAGCAGAUUCACAAAAGCAAAAACUGAAACGUUUAACAAUAAAGGGUCGAGUGAUAAACCACGUUUGGUUAGUGAUAGACAGGAAUCUUCUAGUAGUAAGGAUGAAGGAAACUAUAUGGCAUUUGUAUCAACUGUUAAGAGUGAAUCUGAUAAAGAGAGUGACAAGGUUGAGGAGAACUUCCAAACGAUAAUUCUAAAAGAAAAAGAGAAACUUGCUAGUAAUCUUCAGAAUUCACUUAAGAGUGGAAGUGAGUUAAAGUGUGUAAAUAAGAAGUUAGAAGACAAGAUUAAGACUUUGACUAGUGAAUUGGUGAAAUCUAAUGCUCAUCUUCAGACUUUCGUAAGUGGGACUAAGAAAUUGGACAAUAUAUUGGAAAUGAAUAAGCAUGCAGGAGAUAGGAAGGGUCUAGGAUAUGUGGAGGGUAAUACACAUGUUGCUGGACCUUCUAAGACUGUUUUUGUUUCUGCCUCUAAAAAAGUUAAUGCUGUUAGUAGUUCAAAUAAGGGUAAGAAUGUUCCGAGAGAACAGAGUCAUCAAUCACGUAGGGACUUCAUACCCAGAUACCCUCAGCCACGUACCUUUGAGCCUAGGUUCAUUCCCACCUGUCACCACUGUGGAGCCUUAGGACACACUAGGCCUAGAUGCUAUAGGUUAGGGAAUGAGCGUAAAAAUCUGAACAUUCCUAGUCAGGUUAGCUUUCUGUCUAAUCAGGUUAGUCAUUUGACUGAGAUGCUUACUAAGCUUACUAGGAGUACUUUAUCAUCUAAGAAAGUUUGGGUCAAAAAGGGUGAUCUAGCUAGACAUUCGAGUCAAAAAAAGUGUUUUGUUGCUCAUGUUGCACUGAAAGCCCAAAAUUACAACAUGUGGUACCUAGAUAGUGCAUGUUCUAGACAUAUGUGUGGUAAUAAGGCUUUAUUCACUACUCUUGAUGAAUGUAACGGUGGUAUGAUUACCUUUGGAGAUGGGGGUUCUGCACCUAUUCUUGGCAAAGGUACUGUACAAAUACAUGAUUUACCUGUGAUCUCUAAUGUGCUUUAUGUGGAAAGUUUAAAGUCUAACUUGUUAAGUAUUAGUCAAAUUUGUGACGCUGAUUUUGAGGUGAGUUUUGUGGAAAAGAGAUGUACUGUGUAUGAUUCGCCUGGUGGGGUGGUUCUUGAAGGGCACAAAAGAUUAGGUCAUUUGAACUAUAAGAGUCUAGUACAACUGGCUAGGAAAGAAUUGGUAGAUGGUUUGCUUAAGAUUGGUCCUAGUGAAAAUGUUGUGUGUGGACCAUGUCAACUAGAUAAACAACUUAAGGGGAAUCAUAAGAAGACUUCAAAAAUUCUGACCAAAAGACCCCUAGAAUUGAUACACAUGGAUUUAAUGGGACCAUCUAGGACUGAGAGUUUAGGUAGUAAGCGAUACAUUCUUGUUGUGGUAGAUGACUUCUCGAGAUUCACAUGGAUAGAAUUGCUUAGGGAAAAAUCUUAUGCAUGUGAUCUCAUAAAAUCUUUGUGUAAACGGCUUAGCAAUCAACUAAAUCUCAAAGUGUCUAGAAUGCGUAGUGACCAUGGAAAAGAGUUUGAGAAUUUUAAUCUUAAAAGUUUCUGUAUGGAUGAAGGGAUAUUGCAUGAGUUCUCUUCGCCUAUCACUCCUCAACAAAAUGGGAGUGUUGAAAAUUGUGAUAAAGAUGGUGAUCUUAUAAGUUCUAGUGAUCCUACUGAGCCACCUGUGUCUGAAUCAUCUCUUAGGAAACCUGAAACACCUGAAAAGAAAACAUUUCCACAAGAUCGAGAUAAAGAUCCUAAGGAACCAUCGACUAGGGUGGAACCUAAGAAAGUUGAAGAGGCUCUUAGUGAUGAGUGUUGGGUGAAUGCGAUGCACGAGGAGCUCAAUCAAUUUGCGAGGAACAAUGUGUGGAUCUUAGUUCCCAGGCCUGAGAAUCGUAAUGUUAUAGGUACUAAGUGGAUCUUUUAG